UUAUUUAUUCAUUUCUUUUCAUGUAAUUUGCGGGACAGAUUUGUGCACACUUGUUUGAGUGUAUGUGGAUGUGGGCAGAGAGUGUGAGGUGAGGAGAAAGUGACUGAGAGGAAGAAAGAGAAAGAAGGAAAGAGAUGGUCCUCCACACCACCCCUUACUCCAGUGCUUGUCUGCACUUCCUGGACGGCUUGUCAUGGAGCCUGGUGUUUCCCUGCUACUGGCUCCUGGACCGGCUCCUAGCCUCCUGUGUGGCCACAUCGCUAGAGAAGCGCCAGCGCUCCCAGGAUCCCUGCUCCUUCCUAAGUCUGUGUGUCCUAAUUUCUGCACCCCUUUAUCUGCUUCUCCUUCUGGUCUCCUUGCCUUUUGCCCUUCUGGGUUUUAUCAUCUGGGCUCCCCUGCAGGCUGUCCGCCAACCAUACCUGUACACCUACCACAGGCCAGACAAGCACCAGGCAGAGCAAGGUCAGGCUGGACCAGGGGGUGCUGGGAUUGGGGAAUGGAGGCCACAGGGCAGAAGCUUCUGUUUCUGUAGUGCCAAUGUUUGCCUCCUGCCAGACUCUCUGGCCAGGUUCAACAACUUGUCAGACACCCACAGGAGAGCACGCGAGGUGGGGAAACGAAUUCGCAAUGGUGCCAGUCGACCCCAGAUAAAAAUCUACAUCGACUCACCGACAAACACUUCCAUCAGUGCUGCAUCCUUCAGCAGUCUUGCUACUGGUUUCCGUCGUACCUCCUCUCUGGAUCAGCGUCCAGAACAGAUACACACCACCAAUGGCCCAGCUGAAACUGAAAUCGAACCCCUCACAGAGUGCCCGAUUCAUCCCUCAGGUGCCACCGACUGCCCUGUUCACCCCGCUGCAGGAGAGCAGGGCUCCACUGAAUGCCCUGUUCACCAUGAUGGAGCUGAUAACACAGCAGACUGCCCCGUCCACCCUGUGGGGGCUAACAGCACCUCAGAUUACCCUGUUCACAUUUCAAGUGAGGCUGCAGACUGUCCCAUGCAUUCCACAGUAGGCCAGAGUGGCCCUGGCAACCAUGACUGCCCCAUGCAUGGGGAAGGGAUGCAGCAAAAGCCCUCCACAGACUGCCCGCUUCACACCUCAGGGGUUCAAAUCAGCAUUAGUGCUCCAGAGCCGGAACCUCAGGAGGAGGAGGCCGAGACGGGGAAUCAUCGGGACCAGGUAGGAGGAGACACAGGCAGUAUGACUGCAUCGAGGGAGUCCCUCACUCGUUACCAUGGUGGUGAUGGUGGUGUUGGGAUAUCCUCCAAUAAUACUCUCUCUCACGUCCCACGUACAUCAAUCUUCAAGCGUCCAGGGCGGAAACGUCGCCAUGGAGAUGAAACAUUCGACCAUGAGAUCUCUGCCUUUUUCCCUGCCAACUUGGAUUUCCUGGCUCUACAGGAGGUAUUUGACCAUGGAGCAACCACAAGAUUGCGGCGGCAGCUGCAUCGCUACUUCCCCUAUGUGCUGAGUGAUGUUGGGCGGUACGGCUGGAAAGGUUGCUGCUCCAGGUUCAAAUUCUUAAACAGCGGCCUGAUGCUGGCCAGUCGCUACCCAAUCUUGGAUGCACGUUAUGAGUGCUACCCAAACGGAAGAGGAGAGGAUGCACUAGCAGCCAAGGGGGCGCUGUUUGCUAAGGUUCACGUGGGCACCUCUCAUCAGGAGCAAAGAGUUGUGGGAUACCUCGCGUGCACACACCUCCAUGCCAUAGAAGGCGACGCGUCAGUCCGCUGUGAGCAGCUGGACCUCUUGCUCCAGUGGGGGGCCGAGUUUCGCCAAUCCUCAUCCCAACCACCUGAAGGUGAGAAGGUGCUGGAAGACCUGGUAGCCUUCGAUGUCAUCCUGGGAGACCUCAAUUUUGACAACUGUUCUUCAGAGGACAAGCUGGAGCAGCAGCAUGCACUUUUUACUCAAUACAAGGACCCAUGUCGCCUGGGGCCAGGGGAGGACAAACCAUGGGCUCUGGGUACUCUGCUGGAUCCCAGUGGCCUUUAUGACGACGAUGUCAGCUCACCUGAAAGUUUACAAAAAUUGAUGGAGAAUGAGGAGGGAAGGAAGGAGUACCUGGUGUUUCCUCCCAGUAAGAACCAGUGUCCUGCCAGCAGUCAGAAGGGGAGGAAGAUCCCACUGAAAGGCAACGGACGCCGGAUUGACUACAUCCUCCACAGUGAUGAGGGCCUGCAGCAGGACUGGAAACUGGAAAUCGAGGAGUACAGCUUCGUUACCCAGCUGGCCGGCCUCACGGAUCACUUGUCUGUGGCCAUGCGACUGGCUGUUUCCACCGGGGAAGAGGAGCCUUAGAUUGACCACCUGAGCUUUUAUUCUAAAUACUGCCAUGGAGAAAUGACUAACAACCAAGAGGGGAGGUUCUCAGUUUAGUUUAUGGGGCAGCACGACUGAAGAUUGAAGGAGACGGCAAGUAGAUGGAUGAAUCAGCAGAGGUGCACUUAGAAGAUAGAAGAAGGAAGAUGAGAGGAAGCAGAGGAGAGAUGCGAGAAAGGAAGACUCUGGAGAGGGAAGAUAAGUGGAGGAAUUCAGAUUAGGAAGCCAGUAGAUAUUCAUCUUCCUGGGUAAAUCACCCACACGUACACAAACACACUAAAUACUGCAACAACCACGGGAGACGUUUAGACUGCUGAAUAUCACCUGGCCUCUCCUCCAACACCCUGCUGAACUGAAUCCUGAGGGUUUUAUUUACAGUGAAGUGUUUCAUGUAGCUAAUACACACACUCCUUUUAUCGGAUUUGUUUUAGCCGUAGUGUAAGGAUUAUUUUAUUUUUUAAUGACUCUACCUUCAGGGACAAUUGGAUGCUCGUUGUUUUAGUGUAUAAAAGGAAAACAUAUAUUUGAAGUGAAGCAUACAGCUACUAACUGGCCUUUACACUGACCGUGUGUGUCCUUGUGUUGUACUUCUUCCUGAAAAGCUAUUGGUCAGUUCUGCUGUCAAUCAUUCACCUUACUGCCCCAACAUCAGUCCCAGGAACCUCAACAAGUGUCUUUUCUUUUCUAAAAAACAAACAAAAAAAAACAACAAAACAAGUCUUUCUAAAAGCAGAAAAAUGAAAUACAAUUUCUAUUGUUGCCACAACACUUUUUAUAUUAUAGGAAGUUUAAAUGCCUGUUUAAUACUAAAUAGUAUGUUUCUAAAAAGAUGUGUUGUAUGAAGGGACGUGAAACCAGAGGAAAAAAGUUGUUUGUUUGAUGCAAUGUGGUGCUUAUAGCAUGUUUUUUUUAGCCAUGACUGAUAAAAACAAAUUAGAAAUCCCUUUUUUGAUGAAGCUUUGCAGAUGCAUGAGGGGAAAUGGUUUCCGUUUACAGCGUUAAUACGGUGGCUUGAUAUAUGCUGACUUGAGAUUGGAUGCCUCAAGAAGUAUUUUGCCCUGGAGUACACACUCUGCAUGUGCACACCACCCUGCUGAUGACACACAAAGUUGUGCACAAAUACACAAGGUUUUACACAGCUAAACGCUUCUUGUGCAGAGGGCUUUCAGGGGAUGUAACUGGUGGCCAUAUCUGAGGUCAUCAUCAUCAAGUGACUUGGCCAUCUGUGAGAGAGUUAAUUUAGUUUUUGUUUUUGUUUUUUUUCUAUUUAUUUUUUAGUCAGCAACAAACAGCUAUAGCUGUGGUUAAAAAGCCAUCGCUGAUGUGCAGAAACAGUUUGAAGCCCUUUUUUUUCUUUUUUCUUUCAUCUUUCUUUUGUUUGAGCACAGCGAGUUGUGAAACACUGACACACCUGCAAAACCUCAAAUCUCUGUAACAUUUGAACACCUUUAGGCUGUGCACUAUAACACGUUAACAAACACAUACAUUAUGUAGUUCAAAACUGUUGCAAAGACUGACACAGCCCACGCAAAAAUACACAAAAAAUCCAAACCUAGCACACAAAUGGAUGAUGAAGUGUCAAACUAGCAAACAACACAGUUUAAGGUGUGUUCAUACUGGGAUCAAAACAAACUUUUACAGACUGUUGUGAAAAGAUGGAAAGAAAAAUCUGCAAAAAAUUCAGAGUAAGAACUAGAGUUGAAAUCUAUGGAAGCCAAGAGUGGUUGUUAUCAGCUAAUAUCUUUUUUUAAUCGUUAUCUCGAGAUAAAGAGGAACAUUUUCUCAUGCUAACAGGAUGCUUUAGUUUGUUUUCUUGAGAUAACGAGAUGAUUAAGCUGUGCUCAAAAGUAAGUGUGUGACACCUGAUUUCAAUGAUCAAAACAAACCCCAUGACACCUGAUGGGAAGGACUACAUCAUCUUGUACAUGUGCAACUGUGUGAAUGAGUGAUUGGUUAAACAGUCACAAUUUCAGCCUUUGUCAGACUUGAUAGAAGUAAAAUCGGACGUAUUGAUCAGUGAUAGAUGUUACUCGAUCUGACAUCAGACGUCUGUUGCUGUACUGAGGCAUCCCAGCACAGAACAGCUCUGUUCCCCCGCGAACACCUGCUACAUUUAUACGUAGCACUUUUAAUCCGGUCGAACAUCCAGUCAGAAUGAAAAUGCCUCAUGUAAACAUGAUUCCAAUCCAAUUAGGAGAGGCGGUUAAAACCUUUUCACGAUCGGAUCAGCAGGAAAAAUUAACCAUGUCUACACUCAAUCCGAUAGUUUUGUGGUGGAUGUUGCCUCUGCACAUGCUUGAACCACGUGGGGGUUAUGUGACGUAAUGAGUAUCCGGGAAGACUUGAACAAUGGUGGCAGCAGAACACAGGACUUUGGUGGAUACGUUCUUAAUAGAAAUUGAACGAAUUAAGGAUUAUUGUGGAUUUUGGCAUUCAAAAGGUUAAAAAAAAUGUAAAAAAAAAACUUUUUCCCAACUAGCAGGCACUGCACAUGUCAAGCAUUAUGAUCGUAUUAAAUCUGUCCAUCAUGUAAAUACAAAUGACGGGAUCACUUUAUCUGGCACCCAUGUAAACAUGUCAGCAGGAAUCUCUGAUCAGAUUGAUUUCAGUCGGAUAGAUGAAAUAUUUGU